CACGCAAAUAGUAAGCGCAGACUGCGCACAAAGGACGCCCUGUUACGCAAUCAAACAGCGACAUUGGUGACAAUCAUCGAAUUACCUACGAUGCACGAUCGACCGUAGUUUCACGCGAUUCUCGUUUCGACGAACCUCGACAGAAUCGUUCUCUGCAAAUCUAUCAAAUUCGAAAUCGAAAUCCCCCCACAAUUCUAUCCGAAUUAAAAAAAGAAAAAGAAAACGUGACUUAAAUUCACAUCAAAUCCUUUAAUAACACAAUAAUUACUAUCGUUCGAUACGAACAACAACCCUUUAUCGUACGAAAAUAAAACUCGCGGAGGGAAGGAAUCGCGAAAAAUCAAGAAGAAAUCGAGCGUACACUCGAGGCGCAUAGGCGAAUAUAUUUCGGUGCCGCGUGAGAGCGGCUUAAGGCGCGAAAAUAGAGUCUGUAGACCGUGAGUGUGGUCGGUUGCGGAACGCGGCUACGCAUUUAGUCUUUAACUGGAAGCAUCCGCGGGCGGAGCAACAGCCUUCGACCGAAACCUCCGCGCAUCGAUAGACUUUUCCUAUUCGAGUCAAAUUUCUCGAAAUCACUCGAUUCGUGGACCGUGCCAGGGAGAGAGAGAGAGAGAUUCCGUUCGGGAGGAUGCAACAAGUGCAUCGGGGCAAAGGGAGAGAGAGAUAGGGAUAGAGAUUAGGGGAAAAAAGGAGGAUGCAAAGUCCGUGAGUUUAUCCAUCAUCUCGAGUUGAAAGGAAAUCUUCUCCGUAUUUCUUUUGAUGCGUCGGAUCGGGGCGACGGGGAUCGAAAAGAAUUCGGAGAGGGGACGGUCGCGGGUAUAGCGAGGAGAAUCCAGGCGGGACGAAGGGGGAGGUGAGGGAGAAAUUCGGCCCGCGCGUGGAAUGGAAAUGAAAAGGGAGGAGCCUCGACCGGAUGAAAUCGAGGAGAAUCCGUUUCUCUGGAUCGUGUGCAAAACGGGGGCCCCCCGUUUAAUAAUAACGAGCUUUCACGCUGUCGCACGUUACUGCGCCGAUCAGAUGCCAAAGAAAAUGAGCCUGGGCUUCCUUCGAACGCUUGCCGCCCUCCUGGUAAUAGUGAUGCCCCGAUCGCUCACUUACGUUCUCCUGUAUCCGAUUUUCAGAUUAGUGUUCGGCAAUUUGUACCCGGCCUACGCUUCUUACAAGGCGGUGAGGACGAAGAACGUGAAAGAAUACGUGAAAUGGAUGAUGUACUGGAUCGUGUUCGCGCUGUUCACGUGCGCGGAGACCUUCACCGACGUCUUCUUCAGCUUUUGGUUUCCAUUCUACUACGAGAUCAAGACUAUCCUGGUGAUCUGGCUACUGAGUCCGGCCACCAAAGGGUCGAGCAUCCUUUACAGACGUUUCGUCCAUCCCGCGUUGAUCCAACGAGAGGCUGAGAUCGACGAGGCUCUGGCCCGCGCCACGGAGCAGGGUUACACGGCCGUGUUGCAUCUGGGGUCCAAAGGUGUGAAUUACGCCACCACCGUUCUCAUGCAAACGGCCAUCAAGGGUGGUGGCGGUUUGGUUCAGCAUUUGAAGAAGAGCUACAGCCUGAGCGACCUGACCGGCGAGAAAGAGGACGAGAAUAGAAACACGCCGCACAUGCACGACGAGACGGACAUGGAAGUGGAACCUCGUCGAAGAGAGCACGUGGGUAGAAGGGGGUACAGCCCUCGUCGGACACAGUCGAGCAGCAAUCGCGUGGAGAUGUACUUUUCCGAGGUGGACGUGGACGUGAGGCAACCGCGGUCCAGAGAGCCGACAACCAGCUUAACCAACAUAAGGUCCUCGGACGACAUAUCGAGCGGGUACAGCAGCGGGGAAGCGCUGCAAUCUAGCCGCACGUCUCAAGGCGAUUCGUUGGUGCGGACAUCGAGCGUCGGCGCAAGAACACGGGCAAAACCUCGCUCAGCGACCAAGAAGACCCCAGAGGACUCGGGAGAGGAUUCCGACAGCAUCGAUCCUCCCUCCUCCAAAAAUCUCUCAUUUCCGCCACCUUUGAAUCUCGUCACUCCCGAACAAGCGCUCGAGAUCUUGCUCCUGCUCUCGCGAAACCGUAAUGUCGCUGAUUAUAUCAAUUUCGAUCGUGGCCCCGCUCUCCCAGGUAACGACGAUUCACUUAAACACACCAGUCAAUCAGGCCCGGAACUAGUGAGAAAACAAGCUUCCCAGCUUCCGAUUGUCGACACCUCGAAUCCUCAACCUUCGUCGUUAACGGUAAGAGAAGCGGAUGAGACGAAUCGUGCUGAGGCCCCCUCCUCCUCCAACGUAUCAACCAUCCAUCUCCCUACUCAUACGGCGACGGACGAGCUCUGCCAGGACAAGUUCGAGGAGCUGAAACAACUCUUGAGCGACGCCCGCAAAGCUGUCAACGAUAUCGUUCACGGCCAGGAAAAAUCCAUCGUCGAGACUUUGUCGCAGGCCGAUGAAAUCGAGAAUACGAAUGGAAAGGAAAUCGCUGAGGAAACGAAAGAACUCGAGGGAACGAAGGAGGUGAACGCAACGGAGAAUGGCGGCUCGUCGGAGGUUUGGUCGACGCCGAGCGUGUCGCGCAGCAAUUCGGACAACCUCGGCCGGGCUGGAAAGUACAACAAGAGGCCGGCGCCCAGAGCGCCCCUCGCGAGGAGCGAGGGCGAGGAGGAGGAGGAGGAGGAGGAGUGGAACGAGGGAGAGGGCGCGUUGAAAGCCACGUUGGUGAUUAAAACUGGGACGCUGAGGAGCUUCUCGAGCAAAGGCGCCUCCAACAGGUCGAGGAGGACGAGGGAAGGUUUCUCCAAGUUGUUCGCCAUACCGAGGAACGUGUUCCACACCGCUUUUCACAGGGUGAAGGGAGGGGGGGAUUCGUCGGUCGAGUCGCGGGCAACGACGAUCCAAGGAACGAAGCUGGAGAUCGGCGACACGUCUCGUGAGAACAGUUCUGACGGGUCUUACGUACUCGCGGCAACCGACGAGAAAUGGAAAGCGGAUGGAACGGCGGAGAGUGUCGAGAAGAAUAUUGAAGAGGAAAGGGAGGAAACGUCGGGGAGAAUUGGGAGGAGAUUGGAGUCGGAUAUUUUUUAAAGGGAGCGGAGGGAGAGAGAAGCGAUUCAUUCGAUUAUCGUGUUCCAACUUAUAACAUAAGAGUUACAUUUUAAAGAGUUAGACGGGUCUUUUUGACUGGUUGAUUUUCGAAUUUUAUUGAACCGAAUGCAACCGUGGAUCCUUCACCUCAUCCUCACCACCCUCACUAGAUACUUUAAAACUGUACUGGAAAAAUCUGGAGAGAAGAAACGGAUUAAUUCGUUCGUUCAUAUCAUAACAAGCUUCGCUACUCUCCCUCGCAGCAAGAAGACAAGUAAGAAGAAAGUGGCAUGAAAUUUGGAGUCUGUUGCUGAUCGCAUCAAGGAAUAAGAUCGACCGAUUCUCUUUCCGUUUCAUACGAUUUAUUUGAACGCGUUGGCUACGUAUGCAGCGUUAACGCAAACGAUCAGCAGCAGCUAAAGAAGAAGAAUAAGAAUAAGAAGAAGAAGAAACCACCCGAAAGCGCGAAGAAAAUGCAUAUAAAAAGAAUCGCGCGCGCUCGUGUUAAUCGAUAUAUCGUUUGUACAUACAUAAUAUAUAGUUUCUCAUAAUUUCAAUUUCAAUUUUGAAAAAGACGAGAUAUUCUCACGUAACAAAACGGAGCACCUAGUUAAGAAGUAGACGUGACGAGGAACACACACCUUUAUCGAUCGAUCGAUAAGUUAACUCCAUUAACGCAACAAUGAUUAAUUAAUAGAUUAGGGGGAAAAAAGAGAGGAAAACAAUUUUUUUGUUCGCGACGGAUGUGUAACACCGUUGCUCACGGUCAUCUUUUACUUGUAUUUAUUCCUUUCCUUCCUUUUUUUUUUUUUUUUUAUUGCGUAUCCCAAGACUCAUGCGUAACGUUGUUUAUAUACGAGUAGUAUUACUAAUAGUAGCUCGAUCAAGUUUUAUAUAUAUAUAUAUAUAUAUAUAUUAUAUGUUUACCGUUUAAAAAAUCUUGGUGCUUUUUGCACACCAUCUUUGCUUAAUCAUCGUGCAUAGAUUUAUCGAACGCGAUUAAUCGAGAUCGCCUGGAAUCUCAUUUCUAAGCUUUUCUAAAAAAAUAGUUCUGAUAUUUUGUAAAACGAUCUUAGCGAGAGAGAGAGAGAGAAGAUAAAAGUUCCACGUGACAAUUCCAUAUAUAUAUAUAUAAUGUGUAACACGGGAAAGGAUUGAAUGAAAUCUCUAGUCAUCAAAGCAAAACGUACUCAGGCAACUCUCGAAUAGUGCCAUUUGAAAACAUUCAAUAAUAAUAAUUUGUCUAUAUAUAUAUAUAUGAUAAAUAUAUAGUAAUGGUGUGCGGUGAAUAAGUUUGCUAAGGAAAAAAUAUAAAAUGUAUAAAAUGAAUCAUCGCACUUUUUCACGAAAAAGAAAAAGAGAGAGAGAGAGAAAAUUAGAAUCCAAAAAGCGCUGCAUAUGUUUAUAAACUCUAAUAAUAAUAACUGUAGAUAAUUUGUAAGAGAUCCUGUUAACCUGAGACCAGCGACUGUAAUUAUGGAAAACGUUACUUAAGACGUUAACUAUUGUAACUAUUCGCUUUUGUGUACGUUCGUUCGGACACUGUCUUACACUCCCUUUAUAAUCUAACUUUUACUUGGGGAAAGAGGAACAGUAAUAAUAAUGAUAAAAAUAUGGAAUUGAAUCGGAUAUACAUAUGCCAACAUAUGAAAUUUUAAUCUCCAAUUGCGUACAUUAUUUUAUUUCCGCUUUGAAGCAGAAGAAAAAUUUUUUCUUCUUUUUCCCGAAAUACUCUGACGAUUCAAUGUUAUUGAAAUAUUCAUUUUUCAAAACGAAAGGAGAUCGCGUUGAAAUUUGAAUGUAUCUUGCCUUGUAAAUCUAUUUAUGACUCUUUUGCGCGCACGGUACCGGACAGAAAAUUCACGCACAAAUGUGACCGUUUCAAAAGAAUCGUAGGAGAAUUGCAAACGUUAUCGAGUUCGUGGAUAAAUAAUUUAUCUAUGCUGUUCCCUUGCAAUAUGCAAUGAGAAGAACGCGAAUGAAAAACGUGUAAAGGCAUAACAUUGUCGAUUGAAAAUUGAAAAUUCAUUGUACAAAUGUAAUUUGGCGUAAAGAUUCUUUCCACGAUGCAAGUCUCGCCACAAAAUGCGGCUAAUGCGAUAAAUCUUUUCUUUUCUUUUAAAUUUAAAAAUCAAGAGAACUUGAAAAUUUUUAAAUAUUCGUAUAAUGUAAUUUUUUCUUGACAGGAUGAUAUUUGCAUUCGCUGCAUUUUCUUUCUUUCUUUUUUCGAAUAAAUUUAGAAAUUUAUGGAGCAAGUUAAUCGUUAAUUCUUAGCUAUCUUGAUAUUUUCGGCUGCGACUAUUAUUACGUUUGCAAGAGUAGACGAGAACAUGCUCAAUCUUAGGAAUUUUUGCUCGUACUUUAUGGAAGAGAAUUAAUCGUCAACUGUUACAUUGUCUCCAUGCUGUUCGAGCUUUCUUCUGUAUAAUUAUAUUGAUAAGCCUUUUUGGUGCAUCUGAUCGUGCAUCGCAACGUUAUAUGGUGCUGCAAACUUUUUAUGUUAUUUUGUAAUUGUGCAUCUUGGCAUCGCGAUAGGAAAAAAGAAAAAUGUGAUUUGAAAAAGGAUAUGGCGGAGGAUGAUGGAUAGAUUGAUCAACAGCAUUUUGGUUUAAGUAUGUCUGUAGUCUAAUAAAGUGAGAUUAAAACAUUA